AUGCUGCGCACGGCGCCCCGCGCCCAGCUCCUCCGCUGGGUCGUUUCUGUCCCAGUUGCAGUUUCAGUGCCUGCCAGGUCUGCAGCACCUUCUCCGUCCUUCCCAGGAAACGACUUUCAAUCCACCUGGCGGCUCGCGAGGUUUCCCCGCGGGCUGGCAGCGCCACAGCGAGUGCAGAGGAGAGGGAGGAGCGCGGGAGCCGCGGCCGCCCCAGUGCGCCUCCAGCUUCCCAGCUGGGCGAGGAGCGCGCGGCCCUCUCCAGCCGCUCUCCUCGGGACUGCAGUCCUGACGUCACCCCGCCCCCCCACCCGGCGGAGGAGCCGCGCGGAGGGUGGGGUGCGGGGAGCGAGGACGCUGGAGUGUGAGCGGGACUGUGAGCGCAUGUGUGUGCACGCGCGCGUGGGCCUCGCCAGCCCGGGGACGGGUCGGAACCGCAGCUGGAUCCUGCGACGAGACAGAGACCGAGCUCCCUGCAAACUGGAGCCGAGGGGCGGCCGUGAACAGCCGGGGGCGCUCGGUUCCAAGUUGGGGCGGCGAUAUUACGCACACCGAGUUUGGAUGCGACCAAAGGGGCUGGAUUAG